AUGUCACAUCCUGAAUGCGACUGUGUGGCACGCGCAGGGUCAGAUAUAUCAAUCCUUCCCGAAAACCAAACGCCAAUAAAAAAACAGAAGAGCUGGUUUCAUUUUCCGCAAAUAAUACUCGAAUCCUUAUGUAUCGACAAAGCUGAAUGUCUGAGCCUCGGUCUUCAUCGAGAUUUUGGGUGGAAUUUUUGCGUGGCAGCAGUGCCUUGCCCAAUCACAGGUGCCGACCUUCUGGCUCACUAUGGUUUGCUAAUCGACGUGCGUAACUGCAAAUUAAUCGAUCCCAUGACCAAUUUAUGCGUCAUGGGAUCCGUGAAAAGCGUUCCGAUCCACACUCUCAGCACCAUAGAUCGCUCUUUAGAGUACUCAAAAAUAUUAACUGAGUUUCCGGAGGUUACCGGCUUAGCUCAGGCGUCCUCGCGGUUACCGGGCGAAGUCAUUCACCACAUCCUCACGCGUGGUCCACCCGUUUCGGAAAAGGCUCGCCGCCUGCUCUCGGAAAAACUCACGGCAGAAAAAGCUUGGUUCAAACACGAAGUAGAGCAGAGUAUAUGCACAACCUCAAGCAGCCUAUGGGCUUCACCCUUCCGCAUGGCCCGUAAGAGUAACGGUCAGUGGAGGAUUUGUGGUGACUACCGUCGCCUGAAUGCCUGGACGGUGCCGGACUGA